AUGCAGCAAACACUGAGCACGGCUCAGUAUGGUGCGGCUGGAGGAAUACUUAAACCCCCCGAAUGCCCUGGGCCCGGUGAUAGGAGUUCACCACCGCUCUCCCAUUACUUGUCCUCGCUAGUCACAUCCAUGCAUUUCUCUGCGCGCAUCAUAUCAACCGCCCUCCUAGUCCUAACCUCUCCCCUCCCGAACUCCCCAAUCUGGGCAAAUGCCGCCCGUUAUAUAUCUGUUCCCCUCCGCAUAGAGGGCCCCAGUACCACUAUCUUCGAAGGCACUAUCAAGACAUCAGGGCACAUAGUCACCACGGCCUCGGGCGGGACACAUCAGUGCGACAGCGUGAGCAAUGGCGAAGACCAGACCCCCAACGAUGCCACGCCUGGUGGCACCAUUACAACCGCGAUCGACGACGCAGUGUCAACCUGGGACGGCACGUGGAGCAAGAAGUACCAAGACUACUUUAUCACCUCCAUUGCAGGAUACGGACAGACUCAACAUCAGUUCUGGGGACUGCUCAUUGAUUACGAAAUUAUCGGAAAAGGGGGAUGUGAACAUAAACUUGUCGAUGGCCAGAAUGUGCUCGUUGCCUUUGACGCGUUCGGCGCUAGCGCCUUCUUGACGGCGAGUGUAAACAUAGGCUCUGUGCCAGUAGGGGGAGAGGUGAUUGUGACAGUGGUUGGUGGAUCUUCUGGGACCCCGGUUGAACAUGCUGAGGUGCUUGGAGCGAGAACCGGUGGGGAUGGGACGGCCAAAAUAAAGUUUGAUAGGAUUGGUGAGCACAAGUUUAAGGCUACGAAGGAUGGGACUAUAAGGUCCAAUCAGGUUAAGGUCACUGUUACACGGGCGAAUGCCCCAAGGUGUGCCAACGAGUGA